AUUUGCAUAUCGCAUUUCUUCUGGAAUCUCAAUCUCUUGUGAGAGAAUGUUCCAACCAAAGAAGCCCUCAACUAUGAGUUCCCACGACAGAACCAUGUGUGUUCAACCCGAUUCUGGUCUCGUGCUAACCACCGACCCCAAACCCCGCCUGCGUUGGACCGUGGAGCUCCAUGAACGUUUCGUCGACGCCGUUACUCAGCUCGGAGGACCUGACAAGGCCACUCCCAAAGCAAUCAUGAGAGUUAUGGGUGUGAAGGGUCUUACACUUUACCACCUCAAGAGCCAUCUCCAGAAAUUCAGGCUUGGAAAGCAACCGCACAAGGAAUUCAAUGAUCACUCUAUACAAGAUGAUCUUCAAAGAAAUACUGCAUCUUCAUCUGGCAUGAUGGCUCGUAGCAUGAACGAGAUGCAAAUGGAAGUGCAGAGAAGACUUCAUGAGCAACCGGAGGUUCAAAGGCACCUUCAACUGAGGAUUGAGGCUCAAGGAAAGUAUAUGCAGUCCAUAUUGGAAAAAGCUUGCCAAUCCCUAGCUGGCGAAACCAUGGCUGCAGCAGGAGACUAUAAGGGUACUACUGUGGGAGCGAUGAAAGAUUUCAACUUCCCACCAUUUCAAGACCUCAAUAUAUACGGAGACGAUCAGCUUGAUCUUCAACACAACAUGGAAAGAUCAGCAUCACUUGAUGGACACUUCAUGCCGAAUAGUGACGACAUUUGCCUUGGAAAGAAGAGGCAUAGCCCUUACAGCGGAAGCGGGAAGAGUCCUUUGAUUUGGUCUGACGAGCUCCUCCAACUGCAAGACCUGGGAACAGCUCCAUCAUCGUGUAUAGGACCUCAAGAUGACCCUUUCAAAGCUGAAAUGAUUCAAAUCGGACCACCUUCUAUUGAUACUAGUGCUGACAUUUACGUCGCAAAGUCGGUUCUUUCUGGCAAUGACAUAGGAGGUGAGAAGAAAUCGUCGAAGUCAGAAAGGCCAUCGCCGAGAAGAGCACCAUUCCAAACAGAGAGGAUGAACCAUAAUAUAGCACAAGGGAGGAAUUCAACAUUUGGAUAAUCAUUUGUAAAAAAAAUGAUUUAUUAGACCUUAAGUGACAAUUAAUUAUGCUCGGAUGAGUUUGAUAUUUCACUAGGGUUAUGGU